UAUCGCAGGUCCGUCACCACCCGCCAUUUUCUGGACACCACCAAAAACCUCAAUCAGCGACGAAGCGACACUCGAGAUCCCCACGAAUCCCCUCAGAAAACCGUCAAAAUGGCCCGUCGCCCGGCGAGAUGCUACCGCUACUGCAAGAACAAGCCGUACCCCAAGUCGCGCUUCAACCGUGGUGUCCCCGACCCUAAGAUCCGCAUCUUCGACCUGGGCCGCAAGCGUGCCACCGUCGAUGACUUCCCUCUGUGCAUCCACCUCGUCUCGAACGAGUACGAGCAGCUGAGCUCCGAGGCUCUUGAGGCUGCCCGUAUUUGCGCCAACAAGUACCUCGUCAAGAACACCGGAAAGGAGGGUUUCCACCUCCGUGUGCGCGCCCACCCGUACCACGUCGUCCGUAUCAACAAGAUGUUGUCGUGCGCCGGAGCCGAUAGGCUGCAGACUGGUAUGCGUGGUGCCUGGGGCAAGCCCAACGGCACUGUCGCCCGUGUCAACAUCGGCCAGAUCAUCCUCAGUGUCCGCACUCGUGACUCCAACCGCGGUCUCGCCCUGGAGGCUCUUCGCCGCUCGCAGUACAAGUUCCCCGGCCGCCAAAAGAUCAUUAUCUCCAAGAACUGGGGGUUCACCCCCCUGCGCCGCGACGAGUACCUGGAGAAGAAGGCUGCUGGCCGCGUCAAGGUCGACGGUGCCUACGUCCAGUUCCUCGCCAACCACGGCAACCUGGAGAACAACAUGAAGCGCUUCCCCGAUGCUUUCACCGAGGCUUAAGCGAUCAGUGGUUCGACGAGAGGCUGGGGUACGGGAUCAGAGCACGAAAUGGCACAUGCAUGUUUUUGGGAUUCGGGUUUUCUUUUUUCUCUUCAGGGUGGCGUAAUCGGUCAUACGUAAAAACGGGCUGAGAGCAUCUGAGGAAUGUGUUGGUAUUUCGAUACAGCCUACGAACAAGCUCAGUCUUCUCUAGGUGGCAUACGUGCUUGACCCGCCGAUCCGAUGUGCUCAAGAUUUGGUCGGGAGUAUCCAGGGUACCACCGUGCGAUUAUGUUCGUCAUUUCUGCCCUUGCAGAUGAUAUGAAGCUACUUUAAGACAGGCAGACCUCGGUAGGGACGUGAUCCUGCCGCAGUCAUUUUGUGUGUCGGGCGUGGUUCCGACGUCGCUUCAAGGCGGUUAUGACGCUGGCGGAAAAGGCGUCACGCGGGGCCCGACUCAUGUGAUGAGGGUGCUGUUUUGCCGCAGACAUCUGGUGGAAACUCCCGUUGAUGUCACGUAGCGCUGCCGUCCAGAACCCACCAGCAGGAGCCUACUGCAAUAUGCGUACUGCCCGUUUGACAAGUACUGGACCGAUCUGUAGACUCGGUAGCGUCUUGAGCGGCUUUGAAGCCUAUGUGACUGGGCUUUCUCGGUGCCCUCCUAUCUGCUUUACUUAUCAAUACCUACGUACCUAGUUGAGCCUGGCAUGCGAUUUUCGAGAGUCUACUGUGUGAUCUUGGCUACCAUCAGUGACCCGGGGCUGACCAGGAUAAUUUGGAUCUCAUGGCACACCACCUCUGUCAU